UUCCAAAACCGUAAUUUUCAUUUCCUAAAGACACUCACUUAUCGUCCUAAUCCUCCUCGCAGCCACAAUCUUCAUCUUAAGGUCUGAGCAAAGUGCAAAAGAUAGGAUCAGGUUCUUCUUACAAGAUUCCGAGCUUUUAUAAUGGCGCUGUUUCCUCUUCACCACGAAUUCCCCUGUAAAGAUCAUAUUUUUCAUAGUGGAACUUCGACUAGACAAAGCAAAGGAGAGCUGUUGUUUGAUUCGAAUGGUUCAAGGCGUUUUUCUUCCGGCAGGACCUUCUUCUUCCCAAGUCCGGCUUUUGACGUGUUAAUGAAGGCAGAGGUUAUUAGCAGUAAACAUAGAACAAUGGCUGAAGCUACUUCUCUGGGGAGGGAUUGUAGGGUGAAGAGUCAUAUAAGAUCGAUCCCGUAUUGUCUUUCAUCAAGAAGGAAUCUAUGCUUGGUUAGAGCGUCAUCAGAGAACAAGAUGAUAAAAAAGAGACUUAAGAUGUUAGAUACUUACUUUGGGAAACUUCAAAGCGACGAUGAGAAGCCUUCUGUCUCCACGGGAGAUGAAAUCGAUCGUAAAGCUGAACUCAAUGCAGAGGAAGAGUUGGAAUCUUUGAGCGUUUAUCUUGAUAAACUCCAAAAGGAUGCGAAGUUUAAAGAAGGCGGUUCAGUAGCAAGCAAAAUGAGAAAGACUGAUAUCAAAAGUAAUAAUAGUCCUUUUCAGCAGCUCGAGGAUGAUAAUGAUCAAUCAGAAGAUACAUUGAACUUCUAUGCUGUGAGCAUAUUAGCAUCCAUAAAUGUCGGAGUGUGUCUAUUUGAAGCUGCAAGUCCCAUUAGGAACAACGAUAUGGGACUGUUAUCACUGCCGCUUUUGUAUGGAGCAAAGAUAAACGAUCUAAUCGUGGCUGGACAAUGGUGGAGGCUGGUCACACCCAUGUUUCUGCAUUCUGGAAUCCCUCAUGUAGCACUUAGCUCGUGGGCUCUGCUGACUUUUGGACCAAAAGUUUGCCGUGACUAUGGGAUAUUCACAUUUUGUCUCAUUUACAUACUCGGAGGAGUGUCUGGUAACUUCAUGAGCUUUCUUCAUACACCAGAUCCUACAGUUGGAGGAACUGGACCAGCAUUUGCAUUAAUAGGAGCUUGGCUUGUCGACCAAAAUCAGAACAAAGAGAUGAUCAAAAGAGAUGAAUACGAAGAUCUGUUUCAAAAGGCCAUUAUAAUGGCAGGACUUGGUCUAAUCUUAAGCCAUUUCGGUCCAAUAGAUGACUGGACAAAUCUAGGAGCACUUGUAGCAGGGAUCGUGUACGGGUUCUUCACUUGUCCUGUGUUUCAACUUGGAAGAGGGAGUGAGAGACAAGAAGGGAUUGUGACGGUUGGACCAGAGAAACAGAACAAUGGUGAUCCGUGUAAAUCAUUUCUUGUGUUCAUAGUCUUUGUCGCUGUUCUUGUGACUUGUGUGGUGCUUCUUGGUGAUGGACCGUUGGACUUCCCUACGUACGACGAUGUUGUCUACUCUCUCAUUUAGUGUGUCAUCAUCGUCAAGACAUCAACUGGUUAAGGAACUUGUGUGUGUUUAUGUAGUGGAAAGCUCAAUUUGAAUAUUGGUGGACGAGAGUUCUUUUGUUUGGGGUAUAGCAAAGAUGAGAAAAACAUGUUUUGGCUAUGUCAAGUUUUUAUUUUUGGUCGAUCAUCAACUAUUUUGGUGUAAUUAUGUUGAAAUCUCAAGCUUUUUGUGUAACCAUGUCUCAGUGUAUACUACUUGUGUCACUUUA